AUGAAUACUAGUGGAUGUGUUUCCUGUUCUAAGUUAGGUUUGAUAGCUUAUGGUGAUUCUAGUAGCACAAACAGUAAUUUAUGUAUUACUUUCUUAGAAACGGUUAACGGAAUCAACUGGAGGUUCCAUCCUCCAAAACAAUACAGUAUUCAUAAUCAGUUGCAUGAAGAACAGAACUCUAAUAGCAAUAAAAAGGGAGUUAACCUAUUUUAUGAUUUAAGGUCGGUUCAUUGGAACAACUGGUCUUUGUUAAAUGGUGAACUGCUGGCUGUUUGUGAUGAUUUAGGAAACAUGACCAUGCUGACUGCGGGUCAAACUCGUGAUGGGAAUGGGACAUACCAUAAGAUGACGGUAUUAUUUCAAGAUAACGUAUAUAAGAUUCACAAUCAAAUUAUACCUCUUGAUACGGUAUCAAAGAAAGAGGGUAGUUUAAAGGUUGAUCGGAAGCACACGAAAAAAGAGUAUGGCUCCACUAUCCUUGACUUUCAGUGGAUUGGCAACCAGAAGCCUGAAAUUGCCCAGAUAAAGGCUCAACGAGACCCUAUGACUAAUACAUUUGAGAGUCAGAUGCAGCAAUGCCCACCUUCGGGAGUUUUCCACCCCGCCUCAGUAAAAAAUGCUUGUAUUGCAAUCAGAAGAAACGGACACACCGAUUUAUGGUAUCAAUUCUCUAAUACGCUAGACUACAAGAAAAUAUCUCUGCAACUUACCAAAAACAAGGAAUCCGAGUGGCUGCGGCAUGCUAGGAUUGCCCAUAUGGAUGUGGAGCAAUCCUUUUUGGUUGGCAUGUAUUCUAACAUCUCCAAAUGCUUCUCAUAUUAUGAAUUGCAGGUGGAUUGGAAUCUAAGCCAUAAGGAUCCAAGCAUGGUACUUGAUCCUAAGCUGAAUUUAAAGCAUAUAUUUCGAGCUAACCCUGAUACUAUGGGCCCUAAUGGUGAGCUCCUAAAGCUGGAAAACUUUCAUAUUAUUUCAAAGAAGGCUCUACAAGGAUCGAGACCUGAGAUUCUCAUUUCGUACAAUAUCCUGGGUACUACUAAGACCCUUGUAAGAAGGUUUGAGAUGAUAAAGACAACCCCAAACAUGGUAUUUCUUUCUUCUUUUGGAGUGAAUAUAAGCAAUGCUAACGGUAGCUCGAAAUUAAGUCGUUAUACAUUGAAGCAUGUACAAGACUUAGUGUUUGAACAUAAAGUAUUAGACAUACAGCCGCAUGCACUGGAUUCUUUGGUUGCCUUUAGGUUGCAAAAUGGAGAAAUGCACUUUUACAACAGGUAUACUUGGAAACUUGAAGAGGACUCAGAGGCUAGUUCAGUUCCGUAUACUAAAGAUUCUAUUUUCUCUAUUUUUGCCACAGGUUUUGUAUUCCCUAAUAUACCCCCAAUAGAUGCUGUCGAGUGGUGCAUCAAUUCGCCCUCAUCUGGUGGAGUAAUAGUCAAACUGAAGCAAAACAAGGGACCUCAAUUUCUCACGCUGAAGACUAAGGUAACAGAAGACCCAUCAAAAGAUACUAUACAUGCAACUGCAUUUGCAUUUGAGUUCUUCCGUUUUAAUAACCGUCUUCAUAGUGGCGAGGACUUGGUAAUUGCCAUAAAAACUCACAUUCUCAAGUUGCAGCAAAUCGAUGCAAACCGUGCGGUUGAUUUUAUUUUUAUCAUUAUAUCUACCAUUUUAAAACUAUAUGGUAUUCAGUUUGAAGGGCCCAAGGAAGUUCUCGAUAAGCUACUGCAAUCUAAAGCCAUCCAAAAGUUACUGCUUCUUCAGAUGGAGUUAGGCUCCCAUUUGCAGAAUAGAACAGUUUUCAGUAUGGCAUAUGCUGCGAUGAAGCUGAGAAGCAUAAAGUUAGCCAUGAAUGGGGUUGCGAGGAACGUACAUGCAAUGAUUCAGCACACUGCUUUAGUCAACUCUCUUCCAAAUGGUAAAGGUUUCCAGUUUGCAUUCUCUAAACAGGAUCUGAUAUACUCUCUAAUACCAUCCAUCAAUUGGUUUGUUACGUUUGUAACUUUUCUCACUCAGCAGCUCAUACUGCUGGUGAAUAAUCCCGCUGAUAAAACACAUUCCCUAGUUAUAGGGAUAUUCUCUUCCAUCACUACAAGGCAGUUGAUGUUGAAAUUGGUAAUGGAAUUGAAAAAUCUAAUUGGACUCAUUACGAAAUUCCCAGAAACUAACUACACCAUUCUAAAUGAAUCGUCCAAUUUCUUAAGGAAAGCGCUUGGAGACAGCCCAGUAAAUCUAGAAAAGUUUGAAACGUUCUUAACUGAUGUCAACAGCAAGUUCGCUUCUUUAGCCGACCAGGAUGUAACCGCAAAUACCAAAAGAGAACCCUAUUUCCUGGUGAAGGCAGACAUUCCCCCAGAUAUUGCCCACAUGAAAGAAUUCCUACUAUCAUAUGCUAGCACUGCAAUGUUAUCAUACAUAAACCUUGCUGAGGUCUUUUUUGCGUCUACUGGUACAUUACGUAUUUUCGAUUCCGAAAGAUUUAAUCCUAAAAUAUCCGGUCUUCUGCAGCCUCUAUCUGCAGGCUUGGUAGUCGAUGAUGAAGCUCUACCCAACUCUGUGAAAGAAUCCAGAGCUUUUUCGCCCCUCGAUUACGAUGAUAUAUCAAGCGAAUGGGUUGAUAUGAGUACUAUACCUUGCAUCAAAAGAUGCACAAGGUGCGGAUGCAUCACACGUGCUGGGAAUGUGGUUGAUACCAAGCAUACUGUUCUAGAAACUGCCAUUGUCACUAAGAGAUGGACAGCCCUUUAUUCAAGAUAUUGCCAGUGUACUGGUCUUCUUUACGAACUUGAACUCGACACGAGCGACUGA